AUGGCUUCAACAAUCACAAAUGGAAACGGUGUCAAUGGAGUAAACAAAACAUCCAAUGAGGAAACUCUAUUUGAAAAUCUCUAUGGGAUGGAGGUUUUCCGCACUGGAGAAUUCUUCCUCAAAUCUGGACAAAUGACACCAAUUUACAUAGACUUGCGUAGAAUUAUGAGUGCACCAAGGAUUUUGAGAAUGGCUGCUCAAUGCAUGUGCGAUACGAUUCGAUCGCAAAAUCUCAAAUUCGAUUACGUUGUCGGAGUGCCAUACGCAGCGCUUCCAUUAGCUACACUCGUCGCAGACAUUCUUGACAUUCCAAUGCUCAUGAAAAGAAAGGAAGCAAAAUCAUACGGAACGAAGCAGCUUAUUGAGGGAGUAUAUCAAGCUGGAGGCACUGUUCUUCUCGUAGAAGACGUUGUUACUUCCGGAGAAUCCAUAAGAGAAACUGCUGAGGCCAUAAGAAAGGAGGGUCUCAAUGUCAAUGAUGCAAUUGCUGUUCUUGACAGACAGCAAGGAGCGACAAACAACUUGGCUGCGGACAAGAUCAAUUUCUUGAGCUUCCUCACAAUGGAGAACAUACUCGACGGUCUCAUCCGCAAGGGCGACAUCACCGAGCAGCGAAAGCACGAGAUCAUCGAGCAUCUCGCAAAGCCAUUCUAA